AUGGGGGUCUGUGCUUCCACUCAAAUUCCAACCACCAGAAGGCUUAUAACAGCCGGAUCACAAAACCAAAUGUCGGCGUCAGAUCGAAUCCGACGGCUGUCAACAACCGCCGCCACCGCCAAGGUGAUCAACGCCGUAGAUGGCCGCCUCCAUGAGUUCCCGACUCCGAUCCAAGCCAAACAGAUCACAUCCAAGAAUCCCAACUUCUUCCUCUGCAGCGCGGAGACUAUGUCAGUGGGAGCGUGCCUCACACGCGCCGCCGAAGAGGAGGAGCUUCAGUCGGGUCAAAUCUACUUCUUGUUGCCGGAGUCGCGUGCCCAGAAACCUCUUUCGUUGCCGGACCUCUGUUCUUUGGCGAUCACGGCUAGCUCUGCUCUAUGUAAAAGUCAACCGGCCACCGUUGACCGGAUAUCUUCUCGUAAAAAGUCUAACAGCUCUCGGAAAUUCCGGUUAGAUGAGGCCCAAUUUGUGAGACAACGGUUAUCCGUACGAAAGGGGACCACUUGA